AAGGUAUACAUAAGUCUGACAGAUAAGUAAAUUUGGGAACGAGGAAACUCAAUAUACGACCCAUUACAGUUUCAAGUAAGAGAAUCAAUUAGCUUAUUUAGUCGACUUUUGGAAAGCGUAGCUUCUGUACAUCUAGGAGUUCUCUCGGGUUUCUAAUUUAGACUCAGCCAAAACACAGAUGGAUUUCGAGUGUCCAAUCUGCAUUGACAAUGUGUAUGCUUUAUACUCGGAUGAAAACCAACUGUGCAUGGUAUCCGAUUGUGGACACGUUUUCCACCGAAAAUGCGUCACAGAGUGGCAGAAGAGGGGACGCAACACAUGCCCAAUUUGUCAACAGCGUUACCAAAAAGUUUACAACUUAUUUGGACUUUUAACCAGAUCCCAGGCUAACUCCGUCGCCAGAACUCCCCCACCUGUUGGUUCUUCAAAUAAUGAUAUUGACGCAUACUUGACUAUUCAUUUCUUGAGAGAUGAAGUAUCAUCGUUACAAAACAAAGUCACAGAAGCUAAUGCAGAGCGAAGGCAACGGGAUCGGCGUUCAGACCAAAAAGAUUUAGAAAUCAUGCGACUUAAUUCAGAAAAACAACGACUUACUGAUCAAAUGAAGAAGUUUCAAGAGCAUAUAGAAGAACUCGAAACUAAGUUGGCCAUGACUGAGUCUCUCAUAUCUUAAAGGAUCUAGUCCAAAACACAAACACUGAUAUUGCAACUUAUCCGACGUACGAGAUUAUUCUCACACUUUUUAAUAUUAUGUCGCUCAGUCACGGUAAUUCACUGAUUUUAAAUUCAUGACAAUUGUGAUAGUAACAGGGACUUAUGUAUAAGUCUCUACCGCAGUACGUUUAAUAUACAGUGAUUCCUUUGACUAAUUUAAAUGUUUCUUUAAUAAUAAAGCAAAGUCACCGAUUAAUUAACUGAGACACAGCUAAA